AGGCUAAGAAAUCUCAGCUCUUGGGCGAGCUUGUCGUGCAUUGAACCAUAGACCAACCAGAGGUAGCCAACCAGCUAGCCAACGAACCACUUAACAAAGACCCGGUACUAUCAUCUCCAGUUCAUAUCGUAUUUUCUUUCCAAUAGUGUCUCCUCAUUUCCUGCGGACAAAUAUCAUCGUCUGCAAGUUGGCCCCCUACAGCAACUAGUCUUUUCACCAAUAUAUCCCUAUUGGGCUGUACCCUUCUCGCCACAGCUGUUGCCAAUCUCCUCUCCCUCUUCUGUUUCAAACUCACUUAACUUUGUCUUCCAUUUGGAUACUUUCCCAGUCUGCCCAUAUUAUAACAGACGUUUGCUGGGCGUUACAUCACACUUAACUACUUAAGCACCUUAUUCGCAGCCACAAUCGUACCAUAUUGGAACUUUCCCGAAUUGAACAUCUACAUUGUAGAUUCACACCUCAAUGGACGCAUCGUCAGAUCCGCCCGCUACGGGGUCGAUCCCCACCGUUGAAGCUGCGGCACUGGGGCAGCCGCCGGUGGUAACGAAAACGGAAGAGCCUACGACGGCGUUGAUGGUGGACGAGUCAGCACCAGCAGGCCUCAAGAUCGACACGGGCAAUAGCAAUGGCGAGGCCAAGACAAAGACUCUGGUUUCACCAACCCAAGCGACAAGCGCACCUGCCACCAGGACUACGGCCCCGACUCCAACAACCGCUACUACACCCGAAGCAUCCACGACGACCACCAAAGAUGCCAACGGCACCACAAAUGCCGCCUCGUCCACAUCGUCCACGCCUGCUCCCACCACCAAGGAUUAUGACGUCAACCCACAGGACUUUGCGGGCGAAGUCGAAACAAACAAUAAUCUGCCAUCGCGAGAGACUUUGCGCAAGCUAGAAGAUCACACAGUGCUCGACGCCGAUGGCAAGUCGGUUCCCUUCAAGAGUUUAUACACCGGUCACAAUGUCGCCCGCCGCGUACUCAUCAUUUUUAUACGCCAUUUCUUCUGUGGCAACUGCCAAGAAUACCUGCGCACGCUCGCCAACUCGAUAACCCCCGAAGCCCUCCUAGGGUUGCCCUUGUCCACGUUCAUCGCCGUCGUCGGGUGCGGCGCCCCGGAGCUGAUCAACACUUACAUCAACGAGACGAGCUGCCCGUUCCCCGUAUACGCCGAUCCCACCCGACGUCUGUACACGGAACUAGGCAUGGUGCGGACACUCUACAUGGGAAGCCGGCCAGCUUACAUGCAGAACAAAUCCAUUACGCACACCAUCGUGUCGGGAGUGGUCCAGGGCCUCAAGCAAGUCAAAUCUGGCCUGGCGCUGAAGAUGGGCGACUCGCGCCAAGUCGGCGGCGAGUUCCUCUUCGAGCCUGCGUCGAACAGCCUCGAGACCCCGCUCCCCACGCCUAUGGACGAGCCCAAGACGCUGGACCUUGACGAUGCGGCCAAUACACACCAUGCCGAGAAGACCGAGGAGAAGAAGGUCACUUGGUGUCAUCGCAUGCGUACGACAAGGGACCAUUGCGAGAUCCCGGAGCUUAUGGAGGUUCUGGGAUUGGAUGGUGAGGGGCGGCCGAUUCAGGAUGCAAAGAGGUGGGAGAAGGCACUUAAGACGAGAAAGGGUACAGGGUUGAGCAUGGCCAGUCAGAUGAGUAGGAUGAGCAUGGAUGCGAAGGCUGCUACUAAGGUACAGUAGAGGUAUUACUUUAUGACACGUAAGCUGAUGGCCGGCGGUGUUUAAUCUGUGGGUUGAAGCAAUUCAUGACGCUGCGGCCACAGAGUGCGGUUGGUGAUAUAGAAAAGACAGUUGCUGUGAAUCUAGCUUGUUACUGUGUCGACCCUAAUACGAUGAAUAUUGGUGAUUUAGCCGGUAUGUUGUAGCAGCCAAUGAUACCUUUUCCUUCAAUAUGAGAAAUAGGAAAAUAAGACUAAGGGUAGUUGAAGAACAUUAAUAGUCUGGUAGUAGAUGAGAUCGAAAAGAACCCGAUUUGCCUUCUUGCCACUUAUGUUUCGACAGAGUACCACUAACCUACAUAAUAUUUAAAGAAGAACAAAAGAAAGAAGAAAAAGUCUGUCGUCUGCCGUGUUUGGAAACAGUAUAAGCUCGCUGUAUUAUCUCUUUGGUG